CGCCCGCGGGGCGCCCACCUGCCGCCCCGACGGGAGGCCCCCCGCGGCCGCAGCCGCUGCCCGGGGCCGGGCGCCCGCGGCGGCACCAUGAGUCCCCGCUCGUGCCUGCGUUCGCUGCGCCUCCUGGUCUUCGCUGUCUUCUCGGCCGCCGCGAGCAACUGGCUGUACCUGGCCAAGCUGUCCUCCGUGGGGAGCAUCUCAGAGGAGGAGACGUGCGAGAAGCUCAAGGGCCUGAUCCAGAGGCAGGUGCAGAUGUGCAAGCGGAACCUUGAGGUGAUGGACUCGGUGCGCCGAGGUGCUCAGCUCGCCAUCGAGGAGUGCCAGUACCAGUUCCGGAACCGGCGCUGGAACUGCUCCACACUCGACUCCCUGCCUGUCUUCGGCAAGGUGGUGACUCAAGGGACCCGGGAGGCGGCCUUCGUGUACGCCAUCUCUUCAGCAGGUGUGGCCUUCGCGGUGACGCGGGCAUGCAGCAGCGGGGAGUUGGAAAAGUGUGGCUGUGACCGGACGGUACAUGGAGUCAGCCCGCAGGGCUUCCAGUGGUCGGGAUGCUCGGACAACAUCGCCUAUGGCGUGGCCUUCUCCCAGUCCUUCGUGGACGUGCGGGAGAGAAGCAAGGGGGCCUCAUCCAGCCGCGCCCUCAUGAACCUCCACAACAACGAGGCUGGCAGGAAGGCUAUCCUGACACACAUGCGGGUGGAGUGCAAGUGCCACGGGGUGUCGGGCUCCUGUGAGGUAAAGACGUGCUGGCGAGCCGUGCCGCCCUUCCGCCAGGUGGGCCACGCACUCAAAGAGAAGUUCGACGGCGCCACCGAGGUGGAGCCACGCCGCGUGGGCUCCUCCAGGGCGCUGGUGCCGCGCAACGCACAGUUCAAGCCGCACACGGAUGAGGACCUGGUGUAUUUGGAGCCCAGCCCGGACUUCUGCGAGCAGGACGUGCGCAGCGGCGUGCUGGGCACGAGGGGCCGCACGUGCAACAAGACGUCCAAGGCCAUCGACGGCUGCGAGCUGCUGUGCUGCGGCCGGGGCUUCCACACGGCCCAGGUGGAGCUGGCCGAGCGCUGCAGCUGCAAAUUCCACUGGUGCUGCUUCGUCAAGUGCCGGCAGUGCCAGCGGCUGGUGGAGCUGCACACGUGCCGGUGACAGGCAGUGUCAGCCCCGCGCCAGCAACCAGCUCGCGGCCCGAGGGAGGCCGGUAAUUUAAACAGCGCCCCCGCACCUACCCCAAGGGAUACUGGCUGUACUUUUUGUUUUGGUUUGGUUUUUGGGUCCUCCUGUUAUUUAUUGCUGAAACCAGGCGGGCGGCCCCAAGGGCACCAGCCAGGGCCUCCUCGAAGCCUGGGCCUUUGUGGCCGCCACUGACCAAAGGGAUCUCGCUCGUGCCUCUGGCUGUCCACAUGUGGCCACUGCUGACCACUCAGUUGUUAACUGCAUCUGUUUUUCUACUCACAGACUUCAGCUGGGUAACGAGGAGCGUUGGUCACAUGCCUACUGACCCUGCCAUGUAGGGAAGGAGGCGGCCCUAUGGCAGGGGGAAAUCAGUGCCAUCUCGAGGGAAGCUGCACCCCUGCACGUACACACCGGCCCCUGGCAGCUUCAGCCUGGUCUCCCAGGCCCCUGGAAAGGGAACGGGCAGAUACCAGCUCAAGGGCAAAGGGUUCGUUUGGCCCUCCACGGGCGGCCGGAGGUUCAGUCUCUGUGGGACCUUCCAGGCAGGAAGAGCAGGCGAGACAAGGGCAAGAGAAGGUGCUAGUCCUACCCUGGAGCCCAGCCCACCCAGCCUCCCCAGUCAAAGCCGCCACUCCCUGGUCACUCCCAGACAGGAGCACCAGCUGCCAUCUUGGACCAGAGGUCCCAGCCAGGCCUUUGCAGCGACACCUCUAGACGUGUCUCCUCACAGUGCCACUCGUCUGUGAGACGAAGAAUGGACAUCACACAUGCAGAGGAACCCGGCCAGUGGAAAAGCCCUGUCCCACCCAUUAUUUCACUCACUGAACCGAAUUUACUGAGCAAAUACCAUGGUCUGAGCCCUGUACUGGGCCAUCCCAUAGGACGAUCACAACAGUCCCGGGAGGUGCACAAGACAGAGAUGCUUGUGCCCAUUUUACAGCAGACGGGGCACUGCUCGGCCAGGUCCCAGAGCACGCUAAUCAGAAGCACAGCCAGAAGAGCCCUCCAGACAAGGUUCCUCCUGGGCGCCCUACCCAAAGGCCCAGGAACUGGAGGUCUCCUUGGGGAGGAAGUGGGGCCAGGAAGUAGCAGAAGCCACAGACCACAGGCUAGACAAGCAGCCACAUGGCUCCAGGGCGCAGAAGAUGGACAGCUAGAAGGCUGGCGAAGUGAGGUGUCCGCAGCUGAGGCGACCCUGCCCCCAGGUACCCUGGGCACUGAAGAAGAGCCCCCCAGAGAAAUCACCAGCAGCCUGGGCCUGGCCCUGCACCCCAGCCAAACCAGCAGGAGCACAGCCCAAACUUCUGUGACCAGGACAUGCACACAGCAAGACUCCGCCUGACCCCACUGCUGCUUCUCAGGUGGGCUCCCAACCACCAUAGGAGCUCGCUGUCAGCUCAGUCUCCAAAUUGCCCCCUUAAUGGGGCCCCAGGCUCCUGGUUCGAGAUCUCGAGCUCUGGGAUCCCCAGCUGGAGAUUCUCAGACCCCAAGCUCUUGGUUCCAGGGCUCCAUGUCUGAAUUCAAAGUCCCAGAUUGAGAAUAUGGGUUCCGGCCUGUAGAAGCUCUCUUCCAGGCCUUGUGGUUUGUGCCUCCUGGUGCUGGCUUCCUCACGAAGAAAGGGUCAACACCCUUGGCCCCAAGCCAAACUCUCUGCUCAACGUCCAUCCAAGAAGGCCAAAACCAAGUGAGAUGCUGCAGCCACACUGGAAUGAGGGGUAAUCUUGGGGCCGGCAGGCUCUGAUGUGGAUGAAAGCUGAGCCCACUAAGUGUCCCCACAGCGGCCCAGCUGGACUCACUGCUCCUCUGGCAGGCUCUGUUCAGCUGUCUGCUCAGUGCCAGGGAAAAUGCUAUCCCUCACUGGCAGAGGCCAGACCCAGACAAAGAAAGCAUGGGAGACCCCUCCCCCUCCAGAGACAGGGCAGAGCCACUCUCCCCCACCCCCAAAUCCUGUCCUCAGAGCCAGAGGACUGGAAGGUCCAGGCUGGAUGCUGGUAUUAUGGAUACUGCCCCAGGAAAAAAAUGAGAGGGUCUGUGUCCGCUCACAGGCUUCACCUUUCCACCUGCCUGGGGGCUCUCUCAAAGCUGACCACCCUGGGGUUCUGAAGGGUAUGGCCUCUGUAAAGCAGACUAGAAUCUAGGAGCCUCUGCCCAGUCCUACCAUCACCAGCACCCCAAGGCCAAAGGGACCCACAGCUACAUGAAAAUGGAGCUUCCUUGGAAACCCCCAGCUCCCAACUGUCCCAAAUAAAGAGGAGGAACCGGCCCAUGCCUUACGUAGCCCACCCACUCUGGAAGCUGGCCAGAGGUUCCAAGUCCUGCCCGAAACUCUCUCCAUUAGUCUCCACAAGGCAAAGGUGAUGUCCUCUGAGGCCAAGGGCUAGAUAAGCCCCAGCUCUGGAUGCUGCUACCCCUCUGCUGCCCAUACCCCAUCCUCUAAUUUUUAUACUAGGCCCCUUGCCAUUGUGACACCCCCAUGAAAUAGUCUGAUGCACGAUAAAAUGAUUAUUUCUUUAUCUUGUAAUUGUGAAAGUGACUUCUUUUGUAGAAAAGGGAGGAGAGAGACGUGGGGAAGGACACUGAAAAACACAGACAACUACUUAACGAAUUCUAGAUAUGAGGACCCUCCUGGCCCUCUUUCCGUCUGAACUACUGGUUUGAUGGCCACACAGAAAAAGCCCACCUGCAUGCUGUCUGGAAUCCCCCUUUAACACAUGAGGCUAUACCUGCAUUUCAUCGAGCCACAAUCAGCUAUUUAAGCCUUGGCCUGAGCCAAGGCCUCAGAACCCUUCUUGAGAGUUGAUAUAGAGGAUAAACAAAUACAAUGACAGAGGAGGGUCUGGUGAAGUGGGUGCCAACUGAGAAGGUAAAGACCAAAUCGAAAGGAACUUAGUUCCUGCCAGGGAUCCAAGGCCUGUGGCUAUGAGUCCACUCCAGAAUUGGAGCCUGGUCAGGAUGAGAACUCUGGAUGGAAAACUGCAUGUAACUCAAGCCAGAGCUGAUGGGAAGACCCAAGGUGGCUUCUCAGGAACCUCAGCCUAGUGAAGUGCUUACCAAGGGAGACAUGCCCUGUUGUCCCCCCAGUCCCCGCCCCCUGCAGCAAAUUCACACCAGCCUGGAAGCAGUUAGGCUGCUAUGUGCUUGGCUUUCCAAAAGUUUAGUGGGGUAUAGAAUGGUUGAAGCAAGUGCUUUUAAGACAGCAGAGGUGCACGCAGAUUAGUGAAGAACUGGGGAAGGGGACAAUGGAGGGAGAGAAGGGUCUGGAGGAUGGGUGGAGAGAAAAGGACACCUCAUCCUUAAAUCAGGGCCAAGCAAGAGUGGGAAACUGGUGACACAGAGGGUCAAAGACGGCUGAACAAAGAGGUGAUGGUCUCCAUACCCAACCAUCUCCUAGAACUGGGAAAAGGACCCAGGUUUUACAAUCGAACGUUAGACUCCAGUGCUGCCACUUUUUCACCGUAUGGAAAAUUGGGUAACGCAUCAUCCCUCUCUGGGACUCAUUUUCUUCCUCUGAUAUUAAUAGGGGGCUAUUCCCCUUGCUCCAACUUCAAGUGGGGCUAAAUAGUAAUAGAACCUAUUUCUUGGGGAUGUUGAAUAAAAUACGUAAAGCUCAACAAAUGGCAGCUACUGUUAUGAAUGUUUCUUUUCCCUUUUCAGGAAUGUAGGAGGCAGUGAAGGUGGCUCUAAAAUUGAGGCCAGAAGAAGGAUGAAACAAGGAAGAAAUCAGAGAGAGUUAGGAGCUAAAGACAGGUGAUCCUACUUUGGCCCCAUCCCCCAAAUCAGACACCGACAGAUGCCUCAGGACAGAAAUCCCCAGGUCCUCAGAGACAAGAGAACCCAGGGGUGAGGAUACCCAGGCAGCAGCAAGCAAGGCAAUGGCAAAGCUGCCCCUAGGCACCAGCAGGAGAGGCUGAACCCAGGUCUCAAUGUGGCUGAGAAGCAGGGCUAGGACAGGAAACAGGGGCCAAGGAGUGGAGGAAGGAGCUCCAGGGCUGUAGGAAGCACAUGUAGUGGGGCCCAGGGGCUCUGCCUAUGAGGAUGGAAGGCUUUCAGGACUCCGAGGCAAGGUCAGCUCAUGGAAAGAGCCUGUGUCCAGAUCCAUUCUUGACAGCUGUCCUCACGAGUCAGGCCUGAAGGUCUCUGAGAAAGGCUGUGAGGCUGUGAUAAAGCGGACGUCCUUCUCAGCCCCUGCUUGACAGCCAGUGGCCCAAGAGACAUCUGGGGAGACCAGAGGCAGAGUUUGAGGUCUUGGGCCAAGAAAGGGGCAAGAACACAGGCAGGCAGAGGGGUAGAAAGUACAGCGUUCCGGGCAACUGAGAGGGGCUGAGAAAGACUGAGAAAGACAGUAAGGAAAAAGCAGAAAGUUGGGAAGACUGGCACACAGGAACAGAGAGGGAAACACACAAGGAGAGAGAGAGGACAGUGCUGAGGGACCAGAGGGCAUCUGGGCAGAGGAGCCCAGCAGCUUCCUGGCUAAAGGAGAAAGUGCC